AGAGUGUCCGUUUUCAUUACUUAGUUCUCUUCUAUCGCCUUCUUAGCUGUCAAAUUUGGCCUCUUAUUUGGUGACGACUAUAAUAGUACAAUCUGAAAUAUGAACAUGGUAUCCCCAAAAUUAACCUCAAAUUUAUCGAACAUAAAUAGAAGCCACAAACUAAUAAGAGAUACUACGUAUGAUAGAAGCUAAACGGGUAAACCAGUUAUUGGGGUAAACGCACAGACAUGCAUUACACAUAUAUGUCGUAUAUGCUGUUGGUAAACCUAGAGAAACAGUAACAUGGUGGACAGUUUAAAAACUGAAGAUAUUGUUCACCCACAAUGCCAGUUUUUAGUGGAGCGCAAGAAGCGGCUGUGUCGGAUGUUAGUGCGCCCGGGCCAGAACUAUUGCUGCGAGCAUGAGCCGCAGAAUAAACAAAAGCAGGAAGACACACGUGUACCCUGUCCAUAUGACCCAAAGCAUACAUGCUAUGCCAGUAAGUUAAAGAAACACCUGUCGAUCUGCAACGCGCGGCAGACGGAGCAGCCCGCAUACAUCGUUCACAACAUCAAUUCGCCUUUAGACGACGCCGGCGGAGGCGAAGGCGAAACGCGCCGCUCACUCGGCGAAGUUCCGCGCGAGGAGCUGCUCAGAGUCAUUGAUAAAAUCAAUUACUUGUAUGAGAAGCACGUAGCGGGGCACAUCGAGGCGCUCCCCGAGCGGCCGGUGCACGCGGCGGUGGCGGCCGAGUUCGCCGACGCGGGCCGCGCGGAGGGCUCGCGCCGCCACCUGCGCCAGGCGUCGGCGCUGCUGCACCUGGUGGAGCAGCACGGCCUGGUGCAGCCCGGCACCUGCUACGUCGAGCUCGGCGCCGGGAAAGGGCGGCUGGCGUACUACGCGGGCGUGGCGUGGUGCGGCGGCGCGGGCGGCGGCGGCGCGGGCGGCGGCGCGGGCAGCCGCGUGCUGCCGGUGGACCGCGCGGCGCUGCGGCACAAGCGCGACAACAAGCUGGCGGGCGCCGCGACGCGGCUGCGCGCCGACCUGGCGCACCUGGCGCUCGAGCGCGUGCCCGCCGUGGAGGCCAGCCGCCACGUGGUCGGCUUCGCGAAGCACCUGUGCGGCGUCGCCACCGAUUUCGCGCUGCGCUGCGUCGCGGCGCCCGGGGCGCUGGCCAAGACGCGCGGCGUGGUGCUGGCCACCUGCUGCCACCACCGCUGCGAGCGCGCGCCCUUCGUCGGCACACCGCACUUGCAGGAGCUGGGCGUGUCGGCCGAGGAGCUGCGGGUGAUGCUGGGCGUGGUGUCGUGGGCCACGAGCGGCGCGGGGGCGGGCGCGGGGGCGGCGGGGGCGGAGGCGGGGCGCCGCGCCAAGGCGCUGCUGGACUGGGCGCGCGCGCGCUGGCUGGCGGGGCGCGGCUUCGCGGCGCGCCUGCUGCGCUUCGUGCCCGACGCCGUGUCGCCCGAGAACGUGUGCAUCGUCGCCACCAGGCCCCGGCCCCGGCCCGCGCGGGGGCGGGAGGGAGCGAAUGAAACAUUGUCUAUGCAAAUAUAAUUUGUAUAUUCGUAUCAAUCAUUCUUUUCUAUAACUAAAUGCUACAAUUACUUUUUUAUACAAUCCCUACGCGAGCCGGAGGAGUCGCUCGCCGCC